UUAAAAGAGGAGGAGAUCCUGGAGUUAGCACUGCUGUGUCCUCCAUAAUGCAACAUGAAAAUUUCAAGCGUAUGUUAAUGUUUGGAUUAAGAUCAUUGUCUGAUUUUUGUAAUCCUACAUCAAAAGUAUACAAAGAAAAUGCAUCAGACGCUUUAGAUAGAGGUGUUGUAGUAUCUAUAAAAAAUGCAGUUAUUAAUUAUAAGGAUGAUGAUGACAUUUUGUUUUGUUCGAGUAGAGUAUUACUAGCUAUGUCUGAUUAUUGUAUGAGUGAAAAAGAUACCGAAGCACUACAAAAAUUGAUUGCAGAUGGUGGUGUAGAUGGUAUAGUAGAGAUAGUUAAAAGUCUUCCUUCAGAUCAAGAUACAUUAAAAAAUUGUAUGGCUUUUAUUAAAAAUAUGAAUGAUUCGAAUUAUCAAAUUGAAGGAAGAGAAGUAGGUAUUGCUUUAUUAAACGUUUUUACAUCAAAAACAUAUACCAAUAAGUUGACUAAUGGAAUAAUAUUAGCUUUGUGUAUUAUAUCAAAAUCUACCUCUGGAUCCAAAGGCUUAAAUGAUGAAGGUGCACAUCAUAAAUUAUUGGAUCAUUGUUUAAAUAUUAAUUCUUUAAAUGAUGAUACUGCUGUAAUUGUUGAAUCUGUUUUUGAUAUAAUUAAAAAUAUGUCUUCAAAUGGAUAUGUAGAUCCAACUAUUAUCGAAAAGUCGGUUAUAAUUUUAGAUAAAUUUAAAUCAUAUCCAAGAGUAAUUUCAAAAGGAAGUGAUGCUAUGAAAUGUGCUGUAGGACCAGAAGAAUUAACAAAAUGUUUAGAUGUUUUAAAAAAAUCAGCACAAGGUUCAAAAGAGCAAGAUGCUGCAUUAGAAUUAUUAAGUUCACUUUCUUAUAUUUCAUCAAUAACAGAUAAGGUGGUUGAAUCUGGAGGAAUACCUGUUCUUAUAGAAUUAAUUAAUAGUGGUUUACAACAAUAUGAAAGUAAUCCUGAAAAAAUUUCUCGACUAGUUGCAGGUGCAUCUAGAAUGUUAGGAAGAAUAUCAAAUAAUCCCCCACAUGCAGCUAUUGUAGUUGAAUAUGGAGGUAUUGCAACCCUUUGUACUGCUAUAUCUUAUUUUCCUAAUGACGUUGAAUGUUCUAAAGCAAUUUGUAAUGCUUUGACACCAUUUGUAUCUAGAUCAAAUUAUGUUUCUGAAAUAAAUAAUUAUUCUUUGUUUGCAUCUUUACUACCUAUUUUAUAUGGAUCUUUAGAAUCAGUAGAAUUAGCAAAAGCUAGUAUGGAAUGUAUUGCUUCUGCUUCCAUGAUUAAUGAAUUCCAUGAACAAAUGGUAAAUAACCAAGCAAUUGAAAUUUUAUCAACAUGCGUUCAGUAUCAUUUAACUGAAAUGGAUUAUCUUUUAAAUUGUUUCACAGCCUACUUUAGAUUAUCAGAUUAUAUAACAACUGUGGAACCUAUAAAUCAAUAUGGGGGU